AUGGCGCAGGCCUUCUUGAAGGAGAUUGCGCCAGAUGGUGGAGGCGUCUCUUCAUUCGCCCGACUCGCGAAUUCAAGCGCGCCACGCGCCUCGCCUCGCAAUGGACUCCAGACACCAGCGAUGGUCUACGCAGAGCAUUUUGUUACUGACUUCCUCGUCCUAGACGGCAUGAUCGACCAGUUUGUCGCUUCGCUGUCGCCGAUAGAAGCAGCGCCUACGUGGCAGGACGACGCGCGCAUGCUCCUGCUGACGCAUACGUUCGCUCUAGCCGCGACGAUCCAGGUGCAUGGCACGCUCAAGCAAGCGGAGGGCGGCACGGCGCAGGGUAGGGACGUCGCUGCCGCGCAUGCGGCCGCCGCGGCACGAGGCAGCACCAACCUAGCGCAGCUCGCGUUUGUGGACCCGAUCCUCGCUGAGCGUCCCCCUUCCUGUCGUCUGAAUUAA